AUGACUGUGGCCUGGCCGGUUUGGAUUGUUUCUUCCAUGGCCAACUUGGACAAUGCAUGGCUCGUGGGCGUUGAGCGAGCCAGAAUCGGUGGCAAGUGCCUGGCACAGGUCUUGGCUGACAGGCAAACCGUCGGACAGCGCCCAGUGACGCUGAUCGGUCACUCAAUGGGUGCACGGCUGCUGGUGUACUGCUUGUGCGAACUGUACCACAUGGGUGAGUUCCAUGCGGUGGAUGAUGUGGUUCUGCUCGGUGCUCCUGUGACCACAGAAGCGCGCAAAUGGCAAAAGGUGCGCGCGGUGGCCUCUGGCCGAGUUGUGAACGGCUACCUCGGGAAGGAUUGGGUGCUUGCCUUCCUCUACAGAUACCUGGAGUGGGGGCUUUCCGUGGCGGGACUUUCGCAAGUGCAGGUGCCCGGGGUGGAGAAUGUCAACCUUGAUGGGCUGGGCAUUCAAGGCCACCAUGACUACCCGAACCACAUAGCAGAUAUUCUGGCGAAGCUCCGUGUAGGUGAGCGUCACCCGGAGGUGCUCUCCCAGGCGCUCAUUUUCAUGCAAGGCCAGCUGGUGCAGCAGGCGCUGGUUUUCUUUGAGGCAGCACUCCACAGCUGGAUACGGCACAUGGGCGGAAAGCUGGCGAAGAGGGCGACCAACAUGGAGAAAGCCAUUGCAGAAGGAAGGCGCAAGAAGAAGCGCUCAGCAUCGCACCUCACUGAACAGGGCACGUGCGCUGGCCGAAAGAAAGACAGAGCUCGCAUACGAGCGCAGGUGAGUGUGCGUGGGGUGGAGAGCUUGUGUCCGUUGGCCGCCUGUCAGCGCAACGUGCCACCAGCAUUUUGGCAGGGGGAUGAGGUCCCGACAACAUUCACCAGCGCGGCUUGCCUCAACAAGGUGUGGGCUAGCACAGCCAAGCGAGCCUUAUGUUUCUUUGUACGAUGCUGGCAGACCUUGCCUGAGCUUUCAAUAUCCUGGCAGGCGUUGAUCCAGGUCAACUUCGAGGAUGCCGGGAGCCCAGUUUCAGCAACAAGCGUGCGCACUGCCAUGAUUUUUGGAGAUGGGCUGACUUGGGUGCCGUUCGUUCGCGAUCAACGCAAGACAACACCUGCUACAGAGGUGUCAGUGGAGGCAGACCAGUACGAUCUUGUCAGCUCGUAUGCGAGAGCCUCAGCAAAGAGUCCCAAGCCGUGGACGGAGGCCUUGCAGAAGCUUGCAGAGAUGGGGUUUAUGCAGGUUAUAACAAACAUCGUCACUGAUGUGUCCGCGGUCAUGAGGGAGGUGGUCCUAGAGACGAAUGAUUUCCACUAUGGUGCAACUGCCAACGCUCUUCAGUUGCAAGGCCGCUGGCAGUUGGCUUUGGAUCUCAUCCGCAGCAUGGCCAGUCGGGAUGACUCUUGCUUGCAGGUGAGAGCUAGCAUCAUCACGGUGACUUGUGCCUUUGGGCCGUGGGAAGCUUCUUCACGCCUUCUGUCCAUGGCGCGGCAGGCGGUUGAGAAAGUGGAUGGCCCGAAGCCCAACGUUGUGAGCUUCACUGCCUGCAUAGGCUCCUUGGAACCUGAGAGCGAUGCGACCUGGGAUCGUGGCCUGUCCCUGAUGAUCUUGAUGCGACGGCAGCGAGUCAGGCCGAACUGUGUCACAGUCAGCGCUGCCCUUGGAUCAAUUGGUGGCCGCUGGCGGCUGGCGCUGAGCAUCCUCAGUUCAGUUUCGCAGGCUGGCCUGCGUCGUGAUACGGUUGCCUUGAAUGCUGCGAUGGGCACAACCGCCGUGGUUCUGCGACGACGGCUAGCCGAGGAGCUGUGUGGUAGUGAAGAGAUUGUCAGCUCUGGCCAAUGGCUGGCCGCCAAUGUGCUGCUUUGGGAUUUGAGCUCUUCCGCCCUCUGUGCCGAUGUAGUGAGCUUCAGCUCUGUCGUGGCAGCUUGCGAGCUGAAGUGGAGGAUGGCUGUGGCCAUCUGCGAGCCGAUGUGCCUGCGAAAAGCCCAGCCGAAUCUGAUCACGCAUCGCUGCCUUCUGCGGGCACUUGAGAAUGGUGGACGUUGGCAGUCGGCACGUGACCUUUUGUCUUCAAUGACAGCUCAGAGGAUAUCUGACAAAAUCAGUCAGCAGCACACUGCAGCUGCUUGUGCAAAGUCCGGUCCACUUGGAAGCGUGUUGCAGCAGAUAUGCGGCACUAGUCUGGCAGAAGACAUACUCACACACCUCCUGAUGAUCCGUGUAGCUGA